AUGGGCGGGCGGGCGCGCCGCUCGCUGUUGGCGGCGCCCGCGGGCCUGCUGCUGCUGCUGUGCCUGCUCUGGCCGAGGGGGGCACGUUGCGGGUACCACGAGAAGCGGCUUCUGCACCACCUACUGGACCACUACAACGUACUAGAGAGGCCCGUCGUCAACGAGAGCGACCCGCUGCAGCUCUCCUUCGGCCUCACGCUCAUGCAGAUCAUCGACGUGGACGAGAAGAACCAGCUUUUAAUAACAAACAUCUGGCUUAAACUAGAGUGGAAUGAUAUGAACUUGAGAUGGAACACUUCGGAUUUCGGCGGGGUCAAAGAUUUACGAGUACCGCCCCACAGACUAUGGAAACCAGACGUCCUUAUGUACAACAGCGCGGACGAAGGGUUCGACAGCACGUAUCCAACGAACGUGGUGGUGAGGAACAACGGCUCGUGCCUGUACGUGCCACCUGGCAUCUUCAAGAGCACAUGCAAAAUCGACAUCACCUGGUUUCCCUUCGACGACCAACGUUGCGAAAUGAAGUUUGGCAGCUGGACUUAUGAUGGAUAUCAGUUGGAUCUACAGCUACAAGAUGAGGGGGGUGGAGAUAUAAGCAGUUUUGUCACGAAUGGCGAAUGGGAGUUAAUAGGAGUGCCCGGCAAGCGCAAUGAGAUUUAUUACAACUGCUGUCCGGAGCCGUACAUCGACAUCACGUUCGCGGUGGUGAUCCGGAGGAAGACGCUCUACUACUUCUUUAAUCUGAUCGUGCCCUGCGUGCUCAUUGCCUCCAUGGCUUUGUUGGGGUUCACCUUACCUCCAGAUUCUGGCGAAAAAUUGUCAUUAGGUGUAACGAUAUUGCUGUCGUUGACGGUGUUCCUCAACAUGGUAGCGGAGACAAUGCCAGCGACAUCAGAUGCUGUGCCCUUACUCGGCACUUACUUCAACUGCAUCAUGUUUAUGGUGGCGUCAUCCGUCGUCUCCACCAUCCUAAUUCUCAAUUACCAUCAUAGGCACGCAGACACACACGAGAUGAGUGAUUGGAUUCGAUGCGUGUUCCUGUACUGGCUGCCGUGGGUGCUGCGCAUGUCUCGGCCGGGCUCCGCCACGACGCCCCCGCCGGCGCGCGUGCCUCCGCCGCCCGACCUAGAGCUGCGCGAGCGCUCUUCCAAGUCGCUCCUUGCGAACGUACUCGAUAUCGAUGACGACUUCCGGCACCCGCAAGCACAGCAGCCCCAAUGCUGUCGAUACUACAGGUCCCUCGACGAUCUACACGAACACUACUCGCCGUCGGGUGAAGAGAACGGCGCGGGAUUGGCCGCACACAGUUGUUUCGGUGUCGACUACGAGCUCUCCCUCAUCCUGAAGGAGAUCCGAGUCAUCACAGACCAGAUGCGCAAGGACGACGAGGAUGCGGACAUUUCGCGCGACUGGAAGUUCGCCGCCAUGGUCGUGGACAGACUGUGCCUUAUUAUCUUUACCCUGUUCACAAUCAUCGCCACGCUAGCCGUGCUGCUGUCCGCGCCGCACAUCAUGGUGUCGUAGCGACCCGCCCGCUUGCGGAUGCGCAUGCGAAAAGUUCUGUGAUACCGCGAAUAUUUGUUAAGUUGUGAUGAGCGAAGUGGCGCGGACGUUGACGCCGCGGCGCUGGAGUUGCCGCCGCCUGCCUCGUCGCCCGCGCCCCCCUGUAGACAUAAGUUACCGCUGACUGCCAACCCUGUACGUUCAAGAAAUAACUGCCCAUCUGACUAAUGUCUUCUUAUCCCUUGAGAACUUCAGCGAUUGUAUACCUUUUCUUCCAAGAAUACUAUGACAAACGGUCGUCACGCUCAGUGGAAUCAAUCCCGUACUCUAGACCCGGUUGAUCCCUUAGGGUAUGUACUCGAGUUGAACGAGCGUUUCCUUGACAGACGUUCCGUCUCCGGAACGAUCCCCUAGCGAUAAAGUGGCAGUACGUGCUACACAGGCACCAGCGCCGCCACGCCGCCGCGGUGCAAGCUCUGCGCUAGAAUAGUCACCGCAGCAAGUGGCCACCCACUAGACAAGACUGCGGCAGAAAAUAUUUGCACAAAUACGUCUUCCUUCUUACCGUUGAACGACCUGAAUUCGCAUUUAAAUUUAAAACUUUGUUAGAACUUCUUCGAUUCUUGAAAUCUAUUGUACAGUUUAGAGUUUGGGCGGUGAAACAAUGGCCCUUUGUUUCCUUCUUGUUCGAUUCCAUGAAUCGUGGUUAUAAUCCCUAGUUUUAUUUUCGGAUAUAUUUGUGUCAGUAGCUAGUAUAGAACUUUACAAACAAUGUUGAUUCAAUUGGUACAGGUUGUGAUAUGCCUCGUUGUGAACGGGUCGAUAUUGUUAUAAAUGGUAAAAUACCCAUGGCUAUAGCUUAAUAAUCGUUCGUUAAAAGUUGUAGUUAAACAAAUAUUAUUUUAAUAAAGUCAUAUCUGGGUCUUUCGGAACGACUUUUACAAAUAAUAAUUAAAUUACAUAUAAAUAUCACGUUUGUACUUCUUUCCAUACAGUUACAGUAAUUCGUAUGCUGGAAAUAAUGUUAGCUUCUAAAAUUUUCUUCUUCGAAAAUUAAUUCAAAAUGUACGACCAUCGUAUCAGACGAUUACAUGUAAUAUAUAACUCAUUUUGUAAGAUAUACAACAUUUUAUAAGUACAAAAAUUGUAACAUGAACCGGUUUUUCGUUACAUAGAGGGUAUACACAAAGGUGCCUAUUUAUUAACAGAAGAGACGAUCAGUUGAUAAUACAGGUAGACUAUAUCCUGAGCAUCUGACCAGUCGACAGUCCUGCCGCUCGUCUGCCACACUCCGACACAUACUUGCAACACGUUCAGUUAUCGGCUCCGUCAUCAUCUAUUGUUGCGUUUAGUUAUUCUAAGUCAUCGAUGUUCAUUUCACCCAGAAACGUUGUGAACCUCCUAAAAGGAAAACGUAGUGUAAACAGCGAGAAUGUGCGGGUACACCCGACAAGCGAAUGUACCCUCGCAAAGCUCCUGUAAUGUUUUCCUUUUUCGAGGCAGUGCUGUGAGUAAUCUUAGACGGUCCGAUGGAAGUUGCGGACCGGAUAUGAUUAUAAGUCAAUGUUUCUGCUCAUCCUUUUAUUUACUGUUAUAUCUUCUUACCAUUCGCUAGAGGUUGUAUGACGACCCGGACGGUGGAGCCGCAGCCCUGCAAACGCGGGCUUCAUCUUUGUACUAGAUGGAAUUUUGUGCGGCAGCCCUCCGUCGGCAAUGGGACAACCCAUUGUCCCCAAGAUUUGUUCAAUUGUUAGGGUUAACUCUGAAUUGCACUUUGUUUAUUAAAUAUAAACGAAUGA